AUGACAAUCCCGGCUCCCAUUCCAGACAAGGCUGAAUCCUCACUCUCAUUUACCCAAGGACUACUAUUAGGCCAACUCUCCAUCGUCAUUCUCAUCGGAGCUUUCAUCAAAUUCUUCAUCUUUGGCGAUCCUCCCUCUCCAGACGUAUCCGCUGCUCUCCGGGCCACAGAGCGCCGUUCCCGAACCCUCGCACACAAAAGAUCUCUCCUCACUCUCCGCAGCUCAACACCACGCCAUGCUUCACAACCUCUCAAUCGCAAACGCUCUAGCGUUCUGAGGAACCCGGCGCCGUUGACUACCAAUGCUAUACUGAGUAAAACAUACUACAAUGUGGAUAGUCAUCAACCGGAAAGUCUGGAUUGGUUCAAUGUGUUGAUCGCACAAACGAUUGCACAAUUUCGCGCGGACGCGCAGCAUGACGAUGCGAUUCUUACUAGUCUGACGAAGGCGUUGAAUGGGGGGAAUCGCCCCGAUUUUUUGGAUGAGAUUAAAGUCACGGAAUUGAGUCUGGGAGAGGAUUUCCCGAUUUUCAGUAAUUGUAGGGUGAUUCCGGUAGAUGAGGAUGGGAUGACGUUGGGGAGGGAAGGAGGGGCUGCGGGGAGAGAGCAUGGAAGGUUGCAGGCUAGGAUGGAUGUGGAUUUGAGUGAUUUUAUCACGUUGGCCGUGGAAACGAAGUUGCUGCUGAAUUAUCCGAAACCGCUGGUUGCGGUGUUGCCGGUGGCGUUGGCGGUUUCGGUCGUGAGGUUUAGUGGGACUUUGUCUAUCUCGUUUGUCCCGGGAAGUCCGUUGAAUGGGAGUCCUACGACGCUGGCGUUCUGUUUCUUGGAUGAUUAUAGACUGGAUCUUUCGAUACGUAGUUUGGUGGGGAGUAGAUCGCGGCUGCAAGAUGUGCCGAAAAUUGCGCAGUUGAUUGAGGCGAGGUUACAUACUUGGUUUGAUGAACGCUGUGUGGAGCCGCGGUUUCAGCAAAUUGAACUUCCGAGCUUGUGGCCGAGAAAGAAGAAUACGAGGGGUGGAGAGGAUUUGGAUACGGGGUCUGAUGCGGGGGGUAUUGGGAGGGCGAGGAGUAGAGAUGUGGAGAGGGAUUUGCGGGAGGAGGCUAGGAAGGAGGUUGAGGCCGAAACGGGAGUUAGAGUGGGGAGGAGUAGAUUGGGGGUUAGUUUGGAUGUGCCAGAUGAGGGGAGUGAGGAUGGAUUGAGGUUUAGGAGGAAAAGUAGGGGGAGAGAUGAAUAUGCUAUGCCGGGGAGUAUGCCGGGCUUGAGUAUGACGUAG